CUCAAAAUAAAUUUUGCAGUUUUCAAACCCAACUUAGCGUAAACCUUAAAUCGGGGUUUUGGUUGCCCAUAUGUCUGCAUCAACUAGUCUUUGUUCAAUCAGACAAUCACCAACAGAAUAUGAUUUUCAGAAUCAACGUAUCUCUCUAGGGUUCGCCGUCAGGUGCUACCGCUAGAGCCGUUCGUCCGCUAUCGGUUUGUGCCGAGGAGCGGGGCCAAUUUCGGUCAUUCUUUUUGUGAUAGUCCAGAUCUAACGUACAUCAAGGGGAUGCAACAGGGUAAGGCGAUGUAUUACUUGCAUGGGUCGUUCACACAUGUACAACAUACUUCUGUUAUACAAGAGGGUUGGGCGGAUUGUUUGGCGGUGUGUAGCGGCUGGAAUUCUAAUAAUCCGAUUGGCGCUACAACAGCAAGAGGCAGGGGUAUUGGUAAACUAGCCACAGAUCAAUGGUUGAUAGAUUUGGUUCCGGCCCUCGGCACGGGUGAUGAACAGACUGGGAGUAACGAAGGGCUAAGCAAAGGAGAAUACGGAUCGGCGGUCCGUCUCCCUCCUGAACGGCUGCCUUGGAUUGAUCGAGAUGUCGGGAUUUAGAAGAUGAUAUUUCAAGAAAACCGUCAGAAAGAAGUUUGGAGUAUUUGUCAGUUAUUCUAUUUUUUAUGGUUUUAUUUUCGUACUAUGUUUGUUUACGACGUUUCAUUUUUUGUUGAGAACUUUAGUUUUAGGUCUACAAUAAUGAUUGUCAAUUCUGCUAGAUAUUGUGUCAUUGGAAGGAUCUAUAUGGUCAGUGAUUGUUGUGUUACACCCGCUUGGUGGUUAGCGAUUCGUAUUGCUCUUUCGGGGAUGAUCGUCUCAGAGUCUAGUCGUAGGAUUGAUUGUGGUGAUAGUUGGUUAGGGAUAGUUUUGGUCAAGGUUGGUCUUUUUGAGUUUGUU